AUGCCAAAGACACUUAUUAAUCAUGCACUAUCAUCUAUAAAAUCAGCUUCACGUGUUUUCGUGCAUGGUUGUGGUAGCUCGCCAAAAUAUCUCAGUCGUCUUCUCACUAAUCGCGCUAGUGAACUCAAGCGCGUAGAACUUAUUUCAGCGUUAUCGAUCGAUAAUACCUUUAUGGAUCCAAAAUUGAAAGAUAGUUUCUUUUUCAAUUCUCUCUUUGCUUCCCCUUUUCAUCGACCUGCUAUUGCCAAUGGCACUGCCUCAUACAUACCGAUAUUUCUUAGUGAAAUGCCUCGUCUCUUCGACGAAAACAUUCUCCCACUCGAUGCUGCUCUCAUUCAAGUUUCACCUCCCGAUCGACAUGGAUACUGUUCGCUCGGCAUCUCGGUUGAAAUCACACGAGCAGCACUAAGAAAUGCAAAGAAGAUAUUCGCUCAAAUCAAUCGGUGCGUGCCGCGAGUGCACGGCGAUACAUUCGUUCACAUCAAUGACAUCGAUGCAUAUGUUGAAUAUGAUGAACCACUCGUAGAAUUAGACAGCUCAUCGGAGAUUACUGAUGUUGAAAGGCAGAUUGGACAACGAGUCGCUGAGCUCAUUGAGGAUGGAAGUACCCUUUCAGUGCAAAUGGGAAUUGGUACUGUUCCUGAUUGUGUACUCAAGAGUCUCGAAGAUCACAAAGAUCUAAGCAUUGCUUCUGAAAUGAUAUCUGAUGGUAUCGUCUCUCUUAUUCAAAAAGGUGUAGUCACCAAUCGAUACAAGAAAUUCCAUCCUGGAAGAACAACGGCUACUUUCCUCUUAGGAACGAAGCAAUUGUACAAUUUCGCUGAUGACAAUCCGAACGUUCUUCUGAUAGAUGUGGGAAUCACCAACGAUCCAGCACAAAUUAGAAACAAUCCAAAGAUGUGUUCUAUCAACUCUGCACUCGAGAUCGAUCUCACCGGUCAGGUUUGUGCCGAAUCGCUUGGCACAGCACACUAUUCGGGUGUUGGCGGGCAGAUAGACUUCAUGCGUGGUGCUGCACUCAGUCCUCAAGGCAAACCUAUUCUGGUUCUACCAUCACAAACGACCAAGGGGAUCUCACGCAUCGUCAACACAUUGAAGGGAGGUGCAAGUGUGACAACAACUCGUGCACAUGUUCACUAUGUGGUGACAGAGUAUGGUGUGGCGAACUUGUUUGGUAAGAACUGUCAACAGCGUGCGAAAGCAUUGAUAAACAUUGCACAUCCGAAUCAUCGCGAAGCACUGGAGCGUGCUGCAUUUCAACGAUUCAAAAAUAUUUAUUAA